AUGAAUGAUCUCGACAGAGCGAUCGCGCAGUUACGCGCAUGCCGGCCAAUCCCAGAAGCCGAGGUCCGAGAGCUCUGCCAUAAAGCGCGCGAGCUGCUGAUAGAAGAGGGAAACGUCGUCACAGUCACCGCACCUGUCACGAUAUGUGGCGACAUUCAUGGUCAAUUUCACGACCUCAUGGAACUAUUCCGGGUCGGUGGUGAUGUUCCAGACACAAACUAUCUCUUCAUGGGCGACUUUGUCGACCGUGGCUUUUACUCUCUCGAAACUUUCCUCCUCCUCCUUUGCCUCAAAGUUCGCUAUCCCGACCGCAUGACGCUUAUCAGAGGCAACCACGAGUCUCGCCAGAUCACCACCGUCUACGGAUUUUACGACGAAUGCAUGCGCAAGUACGGCUCGGCUAACGUCUGGCGAUAUUGUUGCGACGUAUUCGACUACCUCGCCCUCGGCGCCAUCGUCCUCGGCGCUGCAAACUCCCUCGGCGACAGGCCCCAGCAGGAGAAUGUGCAGGACGACGUGGAGAUCGAAGUGUGCGACCAUACGGGAUCUAUCAUGAGCCGCUUCCAACGGCAAUUAGAUGACGAAGAGUCCAUGACGGACAACAAUCACAGCCACAUCAACAACACCAGAGGUCAUGACGGGUCGAGUGCAAGUCCGGUAGUGACCAGCGUGACCAGGGGCGCGCGCGGCGGCGGGGCGGGCGACACCGGGGAGAGGACGGGCCCCCCGGGAAGUGGUGCGUCGGGGAGCAGCGGGGGGAGCAUAGGCAACCCGACCGGCGCUGUCCUGUGUGUGCACGGAGGCUUGAGCCCGCUCAUCGACACGGUGGAUAAGAUCCGGCUUCUGGACCGAAAGCAAGAAGUACCGCACGAAGGCGCCAUGUGCGACCUCCUCUGGUCGGACCCGGACGAGAUUGACGGCUGGGGUCUUUCGCCCCGAGGUGCCGGGUUUUUGUUUGGCGCCGAUAUUGUCAAGGUCUUCAAUCACCGCAACGACAUCUCCCUCAUCGCGCGGGCCCACCAGCUGGUCAUGGAAGGUUUUAAGGAAAUGUUCGAUUCGUCCAUCGUCACCGUCUGGUCCGCGCCCAACUACUGUUACCGCUGUGGCAACGUAGCCGCGCUCUUGGAGCUCUGCGACGAACCUUCGGGGACCGGGCUCUUCGCGCGGAGCAACGGCGACGCCAGCCGCAGCGCCGGCGUCUCGAGUAACAAGGGCGUCAUGCAGGAGGGAGACGCAGUCCCCAGGAGCGGGCCUGCGCGGAGAUAUCGCGUCUUUCAGGCUGCACCGCAGGAUUCCCGCGGCAUGCCUGCCAAGAAGCCUGUGGCGGACUACUUCUUGUAA